AAUAUAUUUUCAGUUAAUAUGCGUGUGAAUUUAAGAACCACGCGUUAAAACCGGUGUGCCUAUAUAUUUGUUUCCAUUUAAAACUUUCAUGUCUUUAUGAAAAAUCGUUGAAUAAAUUUAUUUGAAAUGAUAUUCAAAAAAAGUAACUUGUUUCAUAUACGAUAAACGUGACGGCAGACACGGAAAUUAAAAAGUCAUCACACACACAGAAAAUGAGAGUGGGGUUUGUUUGCCCCGUAUAGCGUCGGGGCGCCUCGGUCUAUUUCAUUUUUCAAAAUGGCGUCGAGUGUCAAAUCGUUUAGAGACGGGAAACAAUGCGGAGGCGAAAAAUGCCUUCCAAGUUUUAUCAUUGAUUCAUUGAGGAAUUGAAAAAUGAAUUACACAUAAAAGUGAAUGCAAUCGUGUUUUGUGUAAUGGAUGAGAAUCGAGUGUGUUAGCUGAAAACUUUCAUUUAAAAAAUAAUAAGGUAGUCACGCGUGUUUUUGUGUGAAUGAAGGGAAGAAAUUUCGUGAGAUUUUGCCCGUUCGGAGUCUGUGACACUUGCUGGUUCAAUGGAGCGGAUUUUUAUUCUCGGGGUGGCUUUGUUGACAGUUGUUGAUCAAGUGAUCAGCGCUGGAGGAAUACAAUUCACCGUUGAGCCUGAGGAUAUUGUUGUGGAGCAAGGAGGGCCGGCGAGAUUAGACUGCAAGGCAAAAAGUAUUUUCGGUGAAGCAAAAAUCGAAUGGCGAACGGAUGAUGGACAACCGAUUACAUUUAUCGGAGAUAAUUAUAGAUCACAGUUGGCUAAUGGCUCGCUGUACAUUAGCAGUGUCUAUUCUGGUAAUCCAGAAUUAACAGGGGGUUACCAGUGUCUUGCAUCCGUCGAUAAUGUUGGAUCAAUCGUCUCUCGGUCUUCUUCAAUUAGACUUGCCAGUCUGCCAGGAUUUGACAGGGAACCCCAAAGCUCCAUUGUCAAUGAGGGACAAGUCGUUUAUUUCAGCUGUUCACUCUCGAUGUUUUCUAAGCAAAUAGAAAUAAAAUGGCUUAAGGAUGAGCAUACAUUAAUGCUCGAUGACACUCGAAUGACAAUUCUUCCCUCAGGGGCUUUGGAAAUUGACGACGUAAGACCUCAAGAUGCUGGAUCUUAUAUGUGUAACGCAAGCGGCUUUGGACAAUACAGACUCAGUAAUAAAGGACAACUCACGAUGCUACCAUAUGAUAACGAUCAAGCAACGGCUCCAGUGUUUAUUGCAAAACCCACUGAACAAGUGGCCAUUGAAGGAUCGAGUGUCACUUUAGAAUGUGCUCUUAAUGGAAAUCCAAAACCGUCAGUUUCCUGGCUGAAAGACGGCGUGGCCAUUGAUUUAAUGUCACUCGAUUCAAGAUAUCUACAAUUGGCGUCUUCCAGUUUAAAAAUAAUGGACGUUAAAGAAGAAGAUCAUGGCUCUUAUCAGUGUCGAGCAAAAAAUAAAGUCGAAACCUUAGACGCUAUUGCCGAAGUUUAUGUGCAAGUUCCGCCGAAAUUUCUAAAACGACCGCAGGAUAAAACGGCGAACGAAAAUCAGGAUUUGGAAUUUGAAUGUGAAAUUCAUGGUAAACCAGAGCCGAAAGUAACUUGGUUGAAGAAUGGAGAACGCAUUAAUUUUAGCGAGUAUUGGCAACUUGCCAAUGGACACAAUCUAAGGAUAAAUGGUCUUUUGGCAAUUGAUGCAGGAAUUUUUCAAUGUAUCGGUAUUAAUCCUGCUGGCAGUAUUCAAGCAUCAGCGCGACUCAUAAUCAAUCUACCGAAAAAAGUGAAUACACGUAAGGCAACGACUCCAAAGUCAAUGCCGAAGAAGAAAUUGCAGUUUCAUCGACAAUUGUAUAAUAAUACAUGGCAACAUCCAAGUACACUUUUGGGACAUACACUAUCCGCUUAUACCCAAAAUCCUCCCCUUUCAAUUAGUCCAUCCGAUGAUCCUUCAGAUCUUUUGGAUUCAAUUAGAGGUCCAAAUCCAUCUUACGAUCCAGACUCACGUUUUAUAGACGACACUGAGAGUUUCGAGUCAAUUGAAGGAAGUGUUCCGUCAGCACCAAGAAAUUUAAGUCUUGUUAUUGUUGAGUCACGAUUUAUCACACUUCGAUGGCAGGAACCGGAAGACACCAAUGGAAAUAUCACCAACUAUCAUAUUUAUUAUAAACAAGAGGGCUCGCAAAGAGAGCGAGUGAUUAGUACGUCUCAUAAACAGACGGAAGCUGUCAUUCCCACUUUACAGCCGAGUACAACAUACCAUUUCCGUAUUAUUGCGCACAAUUCUCGUGGUCCUGGUUCUUCAAGUGAAAUUUUACGAGUCACUACACAUUCUGAGGUGAAUGUACCUGGUUCUCCGAUGAAUUUAGAUGGUCAUCCAACAAGUAGUUCGAGUAUAGCUUUGUCUUGGGAAGAACCACAAUUGUUGAAUGGAAAAAUUUCCAAAUACAUUGUCACCUAUUCGGAGGAAGACGAUGAAGAAAGUAAAGUCGAGACAUUGGGUACGACGUAUGAAUUAAUUAAUCUCGUGCCUUAUACAGAAUAUACCAUUUGGAUUCAAGCUGUGAAUGAAAAUGGACCUGGUGCCUCGAGUAAUGAGAUUGUAAUUCGUACUUACAGUUCACAACCAACAAAACCUCCGCAUAAUGUCACUCUUGAAGCAGCAAGUUCAACGAGUGUUAUAAUUCGUUGGGAACCACCACUCGAUGGACAAAAUGGAAUUAUUAUUGGAUAUAAGAUUCGUUAUAAGAGACAAGAUCGACGAAAUACAUUUCAUCCAAUAACAACUGAAAGUAAUGAACGUUUUCACGUUCUUUCGGAUCUCGAUGAACAUGUUUUGUAUCAAGUGCAAAUUCGUGCCCUCAAUGUUAAUGGAACUGGACCCUGGUCUGAGUGGAUGUCAAUUGAAACAUAUGAAAAUGAUCUCGACGAAUCGGUAGUGCCAAGUGAGCCCAGCAAUUUUAAAGCUGAAGCAACGUCGAAUUCAAUAGCCGUUAAGUGGAAUGCACCAAAAGAUCAAAGUAUUAAAGUCAGAGGUUACAUUCUCACUUGGGGCAAAGGAUAUCCGGAUGUUGACAGAGUUGAUCUUGAUGGCAAGCAGCGAUACUACACUAUCGAAUCCCUCGAUCCAUUGUCUGAAUAUGUUCUAUCAUUGAGAGCAAUGAACGAAGCUGGCGGUGGUUCAAUUGCCUAUGUAACAGUAAGGACAACUGCUGUAUCUUUGCCUGAAACAUUUACUCCUCUAUUACCGCCAGUGGGUCUUAAAGCCAUUGUUCUUUCAUCUUCUACUGUUGUUUUAUAUUGGACAGACUCAACGCUCUCUAAAAAUCAAUACGUGACUGAUAAUAGAUACUACAGUGUUCGAUAUACGUUCUUCCAACACGGUAUUAGUUCCAAGUACAAAUAUUACAACGCCUCGGAUUUGAAUUGCAUGAUACAUGAUCUGAAACCCUAUACACAGUAUGAGUUUACUGUUAAACUUCACAAGGGAAAACGUGAAUCUCCAUGGAGUAUGAUAAUUUUUAAUCAAACCUUUGAGGCGGCACCAAGUUCACCUCCUCGCGAUCUAACUGUUCAAGUUGUCAAAGAAAGACCUACGUCUGUUAUUAUUACUUGGCAAUCACCAAAACAAUCAAAUGGACCCAUCACAGGUUACAUAAUAUUUUAUUCGACCGACAAUACAAAAGGCGAAGGAGAUUGGCUUGUGGAGGGUGUGAUUGGAGAUAAGGAGGAAUUUAUAGUCAAAGGACUGAGUCCAAGUACGGUAUAUUAUUUUAAGAUGAAAGCUCGUAAUUCAAAAGGAUAUGGACCAUUUUCAAGCACUGUUAAUUUUAAAACACCUCAAAGUAAUGGCAAGGAUUUCUAUGACGAUUUGCAUGGUCGAGAUGGACGAGGACUUUCAGGAAUAUUAAUUUACAUAAUUGUUGGAUGUACCGUCAUUCUUCUCAUGGGCGUUGCUGGUGUCGUUGUAGUUUGCUGUCGAAGAAAUCCCGAUUCACCUGACAGGAAAAAAGGAUAUUUAAAUGACCCAAAUCAAAAGACAAACAUUAAGCCGCCAGAUUUAUGGAUUCAUCACGAUCAAAUGGAAUUGAAAGCCCUUGAGAAAUCUUCAGUAAAUGGAGAAGCAUCAACAAGUGGCGUUUCAAGCAAUACUCUUCCAAGAUCAAAUAAUCAGGAUUAUAAUCAAGAAAAUAUGCAUGGAAAUUCAAGUUCACUGGACAAACGUACUUACAUACCAAGUUAUAUGGGCAACAACGAUGAGAAAUGCUCGACCUUGAGCCGUCAGCAGAGUCGAGGAAGCCAUAAACCUAAACCUAAACUCAUUACCCUUCCAGUUGACAGUGCACCAUUCAGUCAGCCAGUAGCCACAGCGACGCCAAUUGUGAACAAUAGCAUUUCGCAGUCAACAAUUCACAGUUCCUGUGGAGACGUAGCACCUCUCAGGCAAAAUUAUCCUCGCACUGCAGCUCAAUAUAGUCUUAAUCGAGCCCAUAUCACUUUGGAGCCAACACCAGAAUCGAGCCCGGAUUCUUGUAACAUAAAUAGUAAUUACGAGCCAAUGCCGAGUCAAUUGACGUACAAUUCGAGUAAUCAAAACUAUACGGGAAGUGGUCAAUACGCUUCAGGUCGUUAUGGAAAUAGUAAUCAGUCAACGAAUAGCACUGGUGACGGUGCAGAAAGUAAUAAUAGUUCCAAAAGAUUGCAGGGACAUCCUCUGAAAAGUUUCAGUGUACCCGCACCACCUCCACAAUCAGCGCCUUCCACUCCAGCACAACAAAAACACGCAGCUUCCCAAGUAACAGUGAGACCUGCAAUGUCAGGAAGUCCCUAUAAAAAGACCCUUGGCACAAGUCAAUUGGCGAAAAAUCGUCUCGUCUCAGCUUCGAGCACAAAUCACACUCCCGAAGAAGUUGAACGACUAAAGCCUUCAUACAGCACUGAAGAAUUGAAUCAAGAAAUGGCCACAUUGGAUGGGCUCAUGAAAGACUUGAAUGCCAUAACUGCAUCUGAGUUUGAGUGCUAGAGUGUUUACCCUUAAAAAAAAAUCACGUGCCAUCUCCACCCGGGUCUUAAACAUUAAUUUCUAAAUGUUAGUAUCUGAGAGACGACUGUGGCAUUCCACUUGUUAAACAUACUCAAUUUUAUUGUUUUUAAUUUAUUUAAUUUUUAUUUCUAAUCUUUUUUUUUAGUUUAUUCGACUUCAUAUUUUUUUUUUGCGAUAGUCAUUUAUCAUUUUUUUUUCUUUUUUUUAAUUGGUAAGCAAUGUUGCAAAAAAUUGGAAGGAUUUUCAAAAUAUUCAAUUUUAGGUUAUUUUACUUUCAACUUAAAGUUUAUUUAUUAUAAUUAUUAUUCUAUAAUAAUAAUUUAAUGUGUACCUUAUAUAGGUCUUUAAAAUUUCUAUAAUUAUUAUUCUAAUUAUUCUUAUUUUGAUCGUUAUAAUAAUAAUAUCAAACGUAGAUUUUGAACGUACGUUAAAUUUGCUUGCUGUUUUUUUGUUUUAAU